AUGGCAACAGGAGGUGGGGCCCGGGCAUUUACAGCUUUGCAUGGUCAUUUACUUGGUCUUCAGAAACUGAAUCUCUUAGACUGCCUUACGUACAUUUCUAGCUCUUCUGGCUCUUCUUGGACCCUCUCGAAUCUGUAUGAAGAACCUGGCUGGUCACAGCAGGACCUUUUAGGAGCAAUAGCAGAGGCUCGCAAAAACAUGAGCAAAUGCAAGCUGAAGUACCUUACAUUAGACCACUUUAGAGAAUACUGUGAUACUCUGAAGCAGCGGCAAAAGGAUGGCUACAAAACUUGCAUUACUGAUCUCUGGGGACUUUUCAUUGACAAAGCAUUAGGCAAUGGGAGAUGUAGCAGCACACUUUCAGAGCAGAAGCAUGCCCUGAAUCAUGGUCAGAAUCCACUGCCCAUAUAUUUGACCCUUAACGCCAGGGACAAAUAUAGCCUUCAAGAAUUUAAAGAAUGGAUGGAAUUUACUCCCUUUGAGGUUGGAUUAUUAAAAUAUGGUGCCUACAUUCGUGCUGAAAACUUUGGAAGCAAAUUCUUUAUGGGUCGGAUGAUGAAGAAGGUUCCAGAAUCGCAAAUCUGCUUCAUGAAAGGUGUGUGGAGUAAUAUAUUUUCCUUUAGCCUAUUGGAUUCAUGGAUUGCAACUGACAGUUCAGAAGAAAGUUUUUGGCACAGAUGUACCAGGGAUAGAGUAAAGCAAAUAGAAGAAAAGCCACCUCUGCCACCAGUAGCAGAAGCAAUGAAUACUUCCCUAGUCAUCCCUACUUGCAAAAUCAUGAAGAUACUUCGUGAAGUCAUAACAGAGCGUGUAACAACAUCAGAGUUCUACAAUUUCUUAAACGGAUUCCAGUUAAACAAUGGAUAUCUAGAGAAUAAAAAUUUUUAUAUAUGGAAAGAUACUGAACUAGAUACUUUUCCUAACAAGCUGAUGACUCCAUCGGAAUAUCUGUGCCUUAUAGAUACAGCUGUCUAUAUAGAUGCCAGCUAUGCAUCACUUAUGAAGCCAGAGAGAAAAGUGGAUGUCAUUAUACAUUUGAAUUAUAGUUCAGGAUCACAAACGACACCUUUAGAUAAAGCCUCCAGAUACUUUGCAAAACAAGAGAUCCCUUUCCCUAAAAUAGAUAUGAGUGGGGAAAAGUAUCUGAAGGAGUGCUAUGUAUUUGAAGAUUCUACAGACCCCAAAGCACCUAUUGUGGUUUUUUUCCCACUAAUAAAUGACACCUUCCAGAAAUACAAAGCACCAGGUAUAAAACGUAGUCCCGCUGAACUGGAGCAGGGUGAAGUUGACAUGACUAGUCCUCUUUCUCCAUAUGGAAUACAAAACUUUGAAUACACUGAGGAGAAUUUUGAUAAAUUAAUAGAGCUAACUAGUUAUAAUAUUCAGAAUAACAAAAACUUAAUCCUCCAAGCUUUACAAAGAGCAAUAGAGAGAAAAAAGCAUCAGAAGAAAUAG